GGAAGUAAAAACAGAAGAAUUUAACCACAUGUUUGAUUCCACGAGAUGUCUGUUGUGCCACAAAACUACAACUGAAUUAUUUGCUGUAACUGAUGGGCCAGAAGUGAACUUUGUAGCCAUAUUGUGUCGUCAUUUCUGGUUCUCUUCUGAAAGCAUCCGCUAUCAAUCCGUAUGUAAGACGUGUUGGAAUUGUGUUGACAAAUUCCACCGGUUUUAUAUGGAAGUGGUACAACUAUAUACGUCUCUAACGAAUAUCGAAACACUGAGUGUUGAAAAUCAUGAAUUUAUAGAACCGGAAACACGGCUAGAAGAACCCGUAGAAACAGCCGAAUGGCCAAUAGAAACACGGCAGGUGGAUCCACCUGAUGAUGAUUCACAUACGAAAAUAUCAAACAUCGAGAUGGUUGAAAAAGAUCAAUUUUUCCUUCAAGGGGAACUAAUCAUAGAAGAGAAAAAACAAUCCUAUGAUCCACUGCAUGUACCUGAAGAAAAUAAUGGAACAGCGGACGAAUCGGACGGUGGAGACAAAUCAGACAGCAAGAUCUCCAUAGAAAAUGAAGCUUUUAUUGACAUCGAUAUGGGUGAUUUCAUCAUUAGCAAUCACACUGAAUUGAAAUGUCCCAGUUGUGAGAUUUUAGCAUCUACUUUCACGAACAUUAAGAAACACAUGCGCUCAAUUCACAAUGAGGAGGGCUAUGUAGUAUGUUGUGGCUUGAAUUUCAGCAAACGCACACGACUUUUAGAACACGUCGUGCGAACAGCGAAUCCCAAUGCGUUUAGUUGCAAAGUAUGCAAUACAGCGUUCUCAGGACAUGUUACAUUAAAUAAACACAUGUAUAAAUUCCACCAUCAGCCGGAAGAAGCAGAGGGCAAAGAAGGGCUUCAUUGUGAUCAAUGUGAUCUUUCAUUCGAUAGAAAAUCGCAGCUCAAUGUACAUUUAAAUACACACGAUUCAAAUCAGCAAGUCAACAUGUGUCUCUGUCCGGAGUGUCCGAAAAGUUUCACGACCAAGGCGCGCCUCAAAGACCACGUUCAAAGGAUCCAUGGCCAAGAAAAUAUUGUCUGUGACAAGUGUCCCCAGCGUUUUAACACAACAGCACAGUUGCAGGUUCAUCAAAAAAGUAUACACAACAUAGGUGAAAUUAAAAAGAAGCAAUGUAAUGUCUGUAAUCGCUGGUUAGCGGCUGGUGGAUUAAGAAAACACAUGUUAAUACAUCAAACUAGCGACAAACCGAAUAUUUGUACCAUAUGCGGAAAAAUGUAUCCUAAUGCCAGUGCACUGUAUAGUCAUACAAUGUUUGUUCAUCGGAAGGAAAAGAAUUUUCAAUGUACCAUUUGUAAGAACUCUUUCAAAUUAGCAAGAGGAUUGGAGAAUCAUAUGUUAAAAUGCCAUAGUCCAUUGGAACAGUCAACUGUGUUAAAAUGUGAUCAAUGUGAUCGUUCUUUCGAUGAAAAAUCACAGUUCGACGUUCAUCUGAAGACACAUGAUUCGAAUCUGCAGUCCGAGAAUCUUCCAUGCCCAGAGUGUUCGAAAAGUUUCACGACCAAGACGCGUCUCAAAGACCAUAUCCAAAGAGUCCAUGGUCCGGACAACAUUGUCUGUGACAAGUGCCCAAAACGUUUCAAAACAAUGGCGCAGUUUCAGUAUCAUCGAAAUAGUAGACACAACACAGAUGAAGUUAAAAGACAGCAAUGCAAAGUCUGUAAUCGAUGGUUAAAAGGUGCUGGUGGACUAAGAAAGCAUAUGCUCAUACAUCAAACCAGUGGCAAACCAAAUAUAUGUACCAUAUGUGGCAAAAAUGCUCCCAACGCUAUGGCUUUGAAAAGUCACACCAUUUUUGUUCAUCUGAAACAAAGGAGCUUCGAAUGUACCAUUUGUGGAAAAGCCUUUAAAUUGGCAAAACUAUUAGAGGAACAUAUGACGACACAUACGGGGAAUAUUUUGUACACGUGUGCGCACUGUCCAAAAACGUUCAAUUCGCAUGCAAAUAUGCUUGCACAUAGGAAAAGAGAUCAUCUAGAAGAAUGGAAAAAAAUUCGUAUGGAAAGGGAGAAGAUAUACGAGUGUCCAUCAAGCUCGGCAUAAAAUGUUUGUAUUUGAGUAAUUUGGUUAAUGAUUACGAUCUACGAUGAAAUAAAUAUUAAACUUUGAUUUGCCUGUAGUCUUUUAAACUA